AAAAUGCAUGUCGCUCCUUGCUGGUACUGAUACUUCCCAAUGACCAGUUGGAUUUCUUUGCAUCGCCCCCAGCCAACAGCGACCUGGCCGCCUGAGCGGUGGUGAUGAUGCGGGUUGUGUCGAGAUAUUCAUAGUCAAGCUCGAUCUUGAGUAUGAGACAAACUAUGGCGAUGCACAAGACCGUGUUGUCUUUGCAGGGAAGGUGGUCGCUGUAGUUGAUCAGAAGCCGCUGAUAUAGACCGAUGGCACCGGCGGCGAUAAAGUCAUCAACGGCCAACGAACGGCAGACACGCAGGAUGAAGCGCUUGUCGUCAGCGACGGUAGGCAUUGGUGUUGACAUGGCGAUACCCGUUUCUUGCUCAGUCGGCGUGUCAGCAGUGAAACCGUAUUUCAUUUUCCCUCAACCCAGCACACCAAAAUUUCAAUGACCAUCGCUGCGCACUCAUUCAUCUUCCUGGUCGUGCAGGAGUCGGCUAUGGGCACUCUUCUCAAGGACAAAGUUGAGAUCAUUGAAGCCAGAAAGGUCGGUGAUGACCACCUCGAGCGAGUCCUUUGUGAACUCGACAGGGCUGUUGUUGGUGAACAUGAAGUGGUGUCGCUGGCCUCUACCAGGGUUGGGCACAUUGCUCUUGUUUGGGGUGGCCUUCUCCAGGUUCUUGUGCAGUGUCGAGACAAAGCUCAUGAGAGGGAACUGGACAUUGGAAGGGAACAGGAAGUCGUCUCGCUUUGCGUAUUGAUACGGUGACAUGACAUCCACGAACGAUUCG